AUGCUGAAUGUAAUCGCAGUCUUGAAGAACUCAACGAUUACUGGUUCAUAUUAUAGUUAUAUGCCGUUUCCAGUGUUACUACUGGAACACAGAGAACUUAAUGAUGACAUUGAUACCAAUAUUUUUCCAUCACGCAUGCAAAAUUUGAAUGGAUAUCCCAUACGUACAAUACCGGAUCAAAUAUCUCCACGUACUGUCAUGUACUAUGACACUAAGGGCAACCGCAAGAUCGCAGGUUAUGUAGCUAAAAUGAUUAGAUUGUUUAGAGAUAAACUUAAUGCUACUAUACUGUAUCCAUUUGAAGUGACAACAGGAACUGUCUUCUAUUUUCGAAAUUUUUUAAAGCUUAUUGCAAAUGACACUAUAGAUAUAGGCGGUGCUGAAUUAGAACAAAGUUUUAUAAAUUUAAAUGAAACCAACAAAAUCGAAGUUUUGUUUUAUGAGAAACUCUUACAAAGAAUUGAGCAACACUGGCAAUACUACACUUGCAGUCUUUUCGGCUAUAAAAACGAUUUCCAGGAUCAAGAAUUUCUUUGGAAGAUGUUGCAAUAUAAGUUUCAAAAAUCGAUACUUACAUAUGAGCCUACAUAUACUUUUAAUAUUCACAUGAAAUAUAAUAAGCAAAUGUUGAUCAUUGUGGCCUUGCAAGAACCGAAAUUAGUAGAAAUAAUCCGGAGUUUAGUUAAAAAUCUGCAUCGUAUAAGAGAUACGCCUGUUAUAUUUAUUUUUACUAAAUAUGGAACUACUAAAGGUACAACCACAGAAAUAUUACAAAAUUUAUUUAAGAUAUGUUUCAAAUAUAAAAUGCUGAAUGUAAUCGCAGUCUUGAAGAACUCAACGAUUACUGGUUCAUAUUAUAGUUAUAUGCCGUUUCCAGUGUUACUACUGGAACACAGAGAACUUAAUGAUGACAUUGAUACCAAUAUUUUUCCAUCACGCAUGCAAAAUUUGAAUGGAUAUCCCAUACGUACAAUACCGGAUCAAAUAUCUCCACGUACUGUCAUGUACUAUGACACUAAGGGCAACCGCAAGAUCGCAGGUUAUGUAGCUAAAAUGAUUAGAUUGUUUAGAGAUAAACUUAAUGCUACUAUACUGUAUCCAUUUGAAGUGACAACAGGAACUGUCUUCUAUUUUCGAAAUUUUUUAAAGCUUAUUGCAAAUGACACUAUAGAUAUAGGCGGUGGUAUAAUGAAUUCGCUGGUAUACAGUGAUAAUGAACAGCUUUCUUAUCCACUUGAAUUUGCUAAUUGGUGUGUAAUGGUGCCGGUAGAAUCGCUGCAAACCUAUAGCGAUUACUUCAUACACCUGUUGAACUGGAAAGUUCUUCUAUACUUACUGUUACUCAAUACAACCUUUUCGGUGUUACUUUAUUAUAGCCACAAACUUAUAAAUUUGUAUUUGGCGCAAACUUUUACUAUGCAUUACAUAGACAGGAUUAUGCAUACCCAUGCUUUUUCUGGAAUUAUGGGUUUCUCAUUUAUAUUACCUAAAAAUCCUAUAUUAACAAUGCGAGUUAUUUACAUUUUAUUAUUUUUUACUGGUUUCAUUACGAAUAAUAUGUUGAAUGUAACUCUAAGCGUAUUUUUAACUCAUCCACCAGUUCGAAAACCUAUUACUACUAUGGAUGACUUUAUACUAAGUCCUUUGCAAAUACUUGUUGCCAGAGAAGAGGCUGAUAAUAUUUUCGAAGAAGUACUUGAGAAAUACAAUGCUACUUUUACUAUAAUCAAUACUUACAUGGAGCUCAGAGCUUUACGUGAUUCUUUAAAUACUUCUUAUGCUUACCCGGUUACUUCGUCUGUAUGGCAUGUUUAUGAGGCAAAGCAACAGCUCUUCACUAAACCAUUAUUUCGUCUAACAACAAUCUGCUUACAGCCCUUUAUGUCUUUGGGUUUUCCUUUGGAUUCAAACUCAAUUUUUCGUAAUCCGUUAGAGGCGCUCAUAAUGCGUAUUAGAGAUAUGGGAUUUUCAUACUCGCGACAAGAUUGGACACUAGUAAAAACUUCUGAACACGCUGUUAGUAUGGUGGCAGGAACUAACGAUUAA